AGUAUUCACACACCCUGUGCGAAUCAAAUUUCAUAAUAUUCGCACACCCUGUGUGAAUAACUACAGCCCUAAAAUGUUGUACAACACCCAAGGAGCUUUGAACUACUAACUUACUGUAAACCUUGACAACAUCCGAGACCCUGCCCUGAACUCCGAACGAAUGGAGAAUUUCCAAACUGUCAAUACUGCUAGCUAGGGACCUCUGUUAGGCUACCAUGAUUUGGCCAGCGCUGACUGCUGCUGGCUCCAUUGACUUCUGAUGAUUUAAUUCAUGAUCAUAAUGAGGAAAACAAACAUCUAAAAUCAAACCAAAUUUUGCCUAGAUCUAGAUCUAGAUCUAGAUUUAUUUAUUUUAAAACUGUCUUGUAAGGUCUGAGAGCAGGAAGAGAGAUGGGAAUGGCUACUCCUGUGUUGCUGUGGUUUGCCAGCUUUUCCAAUGUAACUUCAAUUGUAGUUGUUGCUCUGUGCUUCAUCGCUAUGACAGUUUUCAUUGGUUUUGUGAGCUUGAAUAUUGACAGCUCGGGGUCUUCUCACCUGACUAUUGGCAUUGAGGAAAGGAAUAUGGUCAAAGUCUCAAAUCCAUUUUUUCUUCAUCUGGAUAGUGACAAAAGGACUCUGCAAGGUUGUGUCUUUCCCUCUACAGAUGGGCUGAGAGCGGUCCUGUCUAGCCUUUGUCCUUGUGAAGUUGUUAUUUUAUGGGGUCCUCGGAUCAACCCGCUUCACGACUUGAUUCUGAAGCCCGGCACAGAGGUACGGCGGGCCUGCCGAGAUUUGAGCUGUGAGAUGUAUCGACAGCUGGAGGCCCUUCACAGCACACAGCUGCAGUAUCUGGAGCCAGGAGAGCACGAGAUCUGUGACCGGCUGCCGGAGUCUGUGAGCAGCGAGAGCCUGGGAGACGUACCCAGGGACCGCUACCCUGUGGCAGUGCUCACCUUUGUGCCACAGCCAGGUCAAGGUCACGACUCUGGUGCCACACAAGGUCAGGACCCUUCCCAGAAUUCCGGGGACAGUUCCGAGCAGGAGGCUGGAGCGGGGGGCCGGGAGGAAGUCUCAGACGUCUGCGAGAGCAUGGAGGAUCCCAACUGUAUCCCUCUGUACAUGUCUAGUCGGCCGGCGGAUGCGCCAGCUGAGGGGCACAGCGGCGGUAUUGAGGGGCACAGCGGCGGUGAUGAGGGGCACAGCGGCAGUGAUGAGGGGCACAGCGGCGGUGAUGAGGGGCACAGGGGUGGUGAUGAGGGGCACAGCGGCGGUGAUGAGGGGCACAGGGGCGGUGAUGAGGGGCACAGCGGCGGUAUUAGUAGGAACAGAGAUGGAAGAACAAAUACUUCUUCUUAUGAUAGCAGGAACAGAGAUGGAAAAAUGAUUCCUGAUACAUUGCAGAAUGGCCCAAGGCGUGGAGGUGGCAAAAUACGAAAGCGGAUCGGAAAAGGAGUGCACAGGGAAAUAGCCUUGGGAAGAUCUCCUGACUCCGAUCCUACCACAUCCGGCCGUGUGGAUAUCUGUCAGCCCAUCACAUCCGGCCGUGUGGAUAUCUCUCAGCCAACCACAUCCGGCGACGUGGAUAUCUCUCAGCCCAUCACAUCCGGCCGUGUAGAUAUCUGUCAGCCCAUCACAUCCGACGGCGUGGAUAUCUCUCAGCCAAUCACUUUCGGCCGUGUGGGAGAGGUGGGCAGGGAUGUGUCCCCCCCUGGCGUUGAAUCUUUGGAACGACCGUGUUCAUGCGACUGUCUUCCUGAGUGUGUUGUGUGUCAGACGCGGCGUGUCCGGUGCGUGCUGCUCCCGUGCCGACAUGCCUGUGUGUGUCUAGGAUGUUUCAAGCUGCUGGACAAAUGCCCGCUGUGUCGCGGUGGGUUAGAGUCGUAUUUUCUGUUGGGUGAUCAGGAGAACAGUAAUUGUGAGGGUGACUGUGGGGGUGAUGGUGAGGGUGAGGAUGCCAUUCUGCAGGAACUUCACCAGCAAGCUGUGAGAGCGAGCCUGGGACAGGUGUGGGAGGACUUCCACCGCAGACUCUACGGCUUGCUCGGCUUCAGGUAGUUGACCAAUAAAAACCAAAAAAGGCUCGACAAAGU